AUGGCUUUGGCAAAUUCAAGACAGCUUCAAAUUCCAACCAUGGAAAAUGAAUCGCUACAUAAUUCUACUUCACCUGUAUUCCAAGUGAGUUCAUUGGGUAUCAAUAAUAAUCAAGUUACCAAAGAUAGUAAUAACAAUAAUAAAGUUGCUUCCCUUCCAGGUUCACAAAUUGUGAAUUUUACCGACAUUAAUCCAUCAAUGAAUUUAAACAAUAAUAAUUCAUUUGAUACUAUUAAUGGAAUGGUAGAUUCUUUCAAUCCGUUUGGAACCUCUGUCAAUGGUUCAAAUUCUUCGUCUUCAUAUUCCUAUAACAAUGGUAGUGUCGCCGGACCGUUGCCAUCCGCAACACCAGUGAAAAGGGACGCUAUUGAUAACUCUGCCAAGAGUAAGAAGGAUAAUACUCCAAAGAAGGAAAAUCCACUCUUGGAUAUUUCUAAAUUAAUUCCAGUGACCGGUGAAAGACCUAAACCGGAAGAUAGAACCAGUCCGUUGGAUGAUGAUGUAUUAUUUGCAGUUUUUGUGAUCCUGUGGGAAAUGGACCCAAAUCAACAAGGUAUGACUGUCAAACAACUGUGUGAUCAUCUCUUGACAAAACAUCCAGAUAUGAGCAACUUAUCUACUAAGUUAUCAAAUCUAAUAUCUGCUAAAUUGAACGCAUAUGUUAAGAAAAUUGAAAAGGGUGAGAAGACCUUAUUAUAUGCAUUAUCAAGAGAAUGGUCAAAUUCAUCUCCAAGAAGAAUGCUUUAUGUUUACAGAGGUAUAUUAGCCCCAGAUUACAAAGAACAAGCUCAGGUGGUAGUACGAAAAUUAAAGUUACAGCUAGCUAAGGAAAAUCCUCAACUUUAUGAAAGUAUCACCAACAAGAAGAAAGCAAGCACAUCUUCGGCGACGUCUUCUGGUAAGAAUAAGAGUACAUCAUUGCCUGAUUCUGACGCAGAUGAUAAUACUUCAAACGAUCCAACACUAAAUGUUUCUAAUUUGGCCUUUUCAGUAAGUCCCGAAUUUCAUAUUCCUUAUUCCACAUCACCAGUCUCAUUAAAUUUAUCACCAAGCGCAUCCAUUUCCAAUCCUAAUACUAUAACAAAUAUGCCUGCACCUUCAGUGACAGAUGUGAAAAAUGUAAUCAAACCUACAAUAUCAACCUCACGAUCUGGACUGGAAGGGACUCCAAAGAAAAGAACUUCAGAAAAUAAUACUGCAUCAGUCGGUAAGAUUACAAAGAAAGUUAAGACUAUGAAAUCUAAAUCAACAACAAACUCUUCCUCCGUUUCAUCAGCACCAUCUUCAACUUCCAUAUCAACUACUGGAGCUGUUUCCGCUUUGAAUUCGAGGGGAGGAACUUCAGAACCAUCAUACGUUACGGCCGCAGCUGCCGCACCAAGAAUCUCAAAACUUCUCCCAAGGAAUCCGUACAAGACAAAUUCACAAAUGGCUACGGGAGUUGUUUCAGCUCUACACAAUAUUAUAUUCACUCAGACGCCUAUUGAGUCUCCUACACCCGAUAGUAGCAACCAGCUUGUGAUCAAUGAGCCGCAAGAUAUUGACGCAGCUGAUAUCACGGUUCCUAGUUCUGCUCUAUCAUCGAAUCCAACUACUUCAUGGAUGAAGGUGGUGAGAGAAGGAUUUUUGAGUCAAGAUAUUGAGUCUCCUGAAGAUUUGAGCAUUGACGAUCUAGAUAGUAUAUUCAACUAG